AUGGCUAGAGCAAACUGCACUCUCCCCAUCUGUUUCUUCAAGAUUAUUCUUCAAACCAAUCUUCAAACUAUUAAAAUACCAAAUAAGUUUACAAGGAGUCAUGGUGUUGGUCUACCAAACCCAAUGUUCAUCAAACCUCCUGAUGGCACUAAAUGGAAAGUGUUUUGGAAAAACAUCAAUGGUGAGAUUUGUUUUGAAAAAGGUUGGAAUAUAUUUACUCAAAAUUACUCUCUACAACAUGGUUGUUUAGUGGUGUUUAAAUAUAAAGAGGGAACAUCAGAGUUAGAUGUAGUAAUACUUGGCCAGAAUGCACUUGAAAUUGACUAUGAUGAUUCUUUAUGUGACAUUCUUGAUGAAUCUGACAAUGUUGAUGAUAGUGAUAAUGAAUCAGAUGAGAUUAUGAAUGAAUGGCUUAAUGGGAAGAAGGCUAGACAAAAGUCACCAUUAGUUUCUCCUAAAGCACAUAAAAAAGUUAGAGGUGAGAUAGAGAAGAAUAGUGAAAAAGCUACAUCAUUGAAUAGGCCAAAGGAAUCUAGAGCUUGGGAAGUUGCUGAAGAAUUUAUCUCAACCAAUCCCUUUUUCACAUUUUUGAUCAAGCCUGCUAAUCUGGUAGCAAAAGGGCUGAGUGGGGUAAAUUUAAAAGAAAUUAUUGAGAAUAAGGAGAAGUAUGCGAUGUUGCAGAUUGAUUUAGAUUUUGGAGUUCAUGUUUUCUAA